GCCCCCAUCCCCCCCUCCCCCGGCCUCGGCCGGGACCGAGGCAAGCGGGCCAGCGGGCAGAGGAGCCGGUCCCCCGGGGGCCAUGGAAGUUUUCUCCGUGAUCUUGGUGGUGUCCGUCUGGUGGGCUCGGUCCUGGCACGCCGCGGCCGCCGACUCCAUCAUCCACAUCGGAGCAAUUUUUGAUGAAUCUGCCAAGAAGGAUGAUGAGGUGUUCCGUGUGGCAGUUGCUGACCUCAACCAGAAUGAGGAGAUCUUACAGACUGAGAAAAUCACGUUUUCGGUGACAUUUGUAGAUGGCAACAACCCCUUCCAGGCAGUUCAAGAAGCCUGUGACCUUAUGAACCAAGGCAUCCUGGCCCUCGUGAGCUCCAUUGGCUGCACAUCAGCAGGGUCUCUCCAGUCUCUGGCAGAUGCCAUGCACAUCCCUCAUCUCUUCAUCCAGCGCUCAACAGCGGGGACGCCGCGGAGUGGCUGUGGACUCACCCGGAGUAACAGGAAUGACGACUACACCUCUCCUCCGCCCCCUGUCUAUCUCAAUGAUGUCAUCCUGAGAGUGAUCACAGAAUGCUGGCAGAAAUUCAUCAUUUUCUAUGAUAACCAAUAUGAUAUCCGUGGAAUCCAGGAGUUCUUGGAUAAAGUGUCUCAGCAGGGAAUGGACGUCGCCCUCCAGAAAGUGGAGAACAACAUCAACAAGAUGAUCACGGGGCUCUUUUCAACCAUGCGGAUAGAGGAGCUGAACCGUUACCGGGACACCCUCAGACGGGCUGUCCUGGUCAUGAAUCCAUCCACGGCUAAGUCCUUCAUUACGGAGGUCGUGGAGACGAAUUUAGUGGCUUUUGACUGUCACUGGAUCAUCAUCAAUGAGGAAAUAAAUGAUGCUGAUGUCCAGGAGCUAGUGAGAAGGUCCAUUGGAAGGCUAACGAUUAUUCGCCAGACAUUUCCAGUACCUCAGAAUAUAAGUCAACGAUGCUUCCGUGGCAAUCAUCGAAUAUCUUCAUCACUGUGUGACCCCAAGGAUCCUUUCUCCCAGAACAUGGAGAUUUCCAACCUCUACAUCUACGACACAGUGCUUCUGCUGGCCAAUGCUUUCCACAAGAAGCUGGAGGACCGGAAAUGGCAUAGCAUGGCUAGCUUGACCUGCAUCCGCAAGAGCUCCAAACCAUGGCAAGGAGGACGGUCCAUGCUGGACACCAUCAAGAAGGGUGGUGUGAGUGGUCUAACUGGUGACCUGGAGUUCGGAGAGCAUGGGGGAAAUCCCAACGUCCACUUUGAAAUUCUUGGGACCAACUAUGGCGAAGAUCUUGGCAGAGGCGUCCGCAAGCUUGGCUGCUGGAAUCCCAUCACGGGGCUGAAUGGGUCACUGACAGACAUAAAACUGGAGAAUAACAUGCGUGGAGUCGUCCUUCGUGUCGUCACGGUGCUGGAAGAGCCAUUUGUGAUGGUUUCGGAGAAUGUGUUGGGGAAGCCGAAGAAAUACCAGGGUUUCUCCAUUGACGUCCUGGAUGCCUUGUCCAACUACCUGGGCUUCAAGUAUGAGAUUUACGUUGCGCCAGAUCACAAGUAUGGGAGUCCCCAAGAGGACGGGACAUGGAACGGCAUCGUUGGAGAACUGGUAUUUAAGCGAGCUGACAUAGGGAUUUCUGCUUUAACCAUCACCCCGGCUCGGGAAAACGUGGUGGACUUCACAACUCGUUACCUGGAUUAUUCAGUGGGCGUGCUGCUCCGCAGGGCGGAGAAGACGAUGGACAUGUUUGCCUGCUUGGCCCCGUUUGACCUCUCCUUGUGGGCCUGCAUUGCUGGGACCGUGCUACUGGUGGGGCUCCUGGUCUACCUCCUGAACUGGCUGAACCCCCCGCGUUUGCAGAUGGGCUCCAUGACUUCGACCACGCUCUACAAUUCCAUGUGGUUUGUCUACGGCUCCUUCGUUCAGCAAGGAGGCGAGGUCCCAUACACAACCCUGGCCACGCGGAUGAUGAUGGGCGCCUGGUGGCUGUUCGCUCUGAUCGUCGUCUCAUCUUACACUGCCAACCUAGCGGCCUUCCUCACCAUCACUCGCAUUGAGAGCUCGAUCCAGUCUCUUCAGGAUCUCUCCAGGCAGACAGACAUUCCGUACGGCACCGUCCUGGACUCAGCAGUCUACGAGCAUGUCCGUGUGAAGGGGAUGAACCCGUUCGAGAGGGACAACGUGUAUUCUCAGAUGUGGCGGAUGAUCAACAGAAGCAACGGAUCAGAGAACAAUGUUCAGGAGUCAUCGGCGGGCAUCCACAAGGUGAAGCACGGGAACUACGCCUUCGUGUGGGAUGCGGCUGUGCUGGAGUAUGUGGCCAUCAAUGACCCAGAGUGCUCUUUUUACACCGUGGGCAACACGGUGGCUGACCGGGGCUACGGCAUUGCCUUGCAACAUGGGAGUCCGUACCGUGAUGUCUUCUCUCAGAGGAUCCUGGAGCUCCAGCAGAAUGGGGACAUGGAUAUCCUGAAGCAUAAAUGGUGGCCAAGGAACGGCCAGUGCGACCUGUACUCGAGCGUCGACCCCAAGCAGAAAGGGGGCGCUCUGGACAUCAAGAGUUUCGCGGGAGUUUUCUGCAUCCUGGCGGCGGGAAUCGUCCUCUCCUGCUUCAUCGCUAUGCUGGAGACGUGGUGGAACAAGAGGAAAGGCUCCCGAGUUCCUUCUAAAGAGGAUGACAAGGAAAUGGACUUGGAGCAGCUCCACCGGCGGGUGAACAGCCUGUGCACCGACGACGACAGUCCCCAUAAACAGUUCUCCACCUCGUCCAUUGACUUGACGCCCCUGGACAUGGACACUCUGCCCACGCGCCAGGCCCUGGAGCAGAUCAGCGACUUCAGGAACACUCACAUCACCACCACCACCUUCAUCCCAGAGCAGAUCCAGACUCUCAGCCGCACACUCUCCGCCAAAGCGGCCUCUGGGUUCUCUUUCGGCAACAUGCCGGAGCACCGAACGGGCCCUUUCAGACACAGAGCACCCAACGGGGGCUUUUUCCGCAGCCCCAUCAAGACCAUGUCCUCCAUCCCGUACCAGCCGACUCCCACGCUCGGUCUCAACCUGGGCAGCAGUGACCCAGACCGAGGAACCUCCAUCUGAACGGCAAAGUUUCUUCCCUGUUUCUGUCUAGGACUCCCUUCGCAAGGAGCAGCUGAAGUGUUGUGGGACUAACAAGGAUGUAACUUUUUAAAAAAAAAAAUCAGGAUUCUCAGUAACUUCUCUCCCUCUGUCUGUCUGUCUCUCUCACUCGCUUUCUCUCCAUUCUCCUUGGCUCUUUUUAUUUAUCUCCACCUCCUGCCACCCAUCCCCUUGCCGUUUUGUUGGUUAGACACCUCCCCCUUCCCUCCCCCCCCCAACCAUCCACAAAUGCAAUCUACCGUAACUGUCUUCUGUUACUACCCUCUUCAUUCACUGUGCUUCAAGUAUAGGAUGCGAGUGCUGAACACCCUUUCGCAUCAGGGCCUCUGUGACGUCUCUCUCCGUUUCCACCACCACACACGAUUGCAAUAACCUCACCCCCUUUCCACCCGUCCAGCUUCCUCCUCCCAGAACUUUUCCGCUGCUGUGGGUCCUCACCUGUGGGCCAAGAUCGAGCCCUGCAGGGUAGAAAGACGAUUCAGGCCGCCAAACACGAGAAUGCAAUUUUGUAGGAUUACAAAAAAGCCAUUACUAUGCCAGUAAAGACUACAGUUCAAUCGACUUUUGCACUGCAACAGUGCAUAUGACCAUUAUGUGAUUGUAUAGUGUUAAAAGUUUUUUCUUAUGUAUAGUAAACUUUAUCAUAUGGCAGAAGCCUCUGUUGUGUUAAAUAAAUUACUAUCUCAUAUAUAUAUACAUAUAUAUGCAUCUAAAUAUUUGUAUAUAUGUAUAUAUAUACAUAGAUGACGGCGGCCAUUGCUAUUUAUGAUUCACUUAAUAAGGCUUUAGUUCAAAAUGUGUGGAAUACAGGAAAGAUGUACAGUGCAGGGGAUAGAUUUUCAGUUGGAAACUUCGGAUUGCUUUAAUCUGCUGGCUUCGUCGUUUGCCACCUGAGUUAUUUUACACGUUUCGAAUUAGAGCAUCCAGGAGCAACGUAACGUUGCUGCCUCGGUGCGACACCCCGGAAUCGAGUUUGCCUUUGCCAUCCGGUGGUGUAUGAAGCUAGCCUUGAUCAUUUUACGUUAAUUAGCAAGCCGGGAAAUUCUAAUGUAACUCUCUAAGAGUUUAAGUAUAGAUCAUUGAAGGUUAAUAAAUCCUCUUCCAAAGUAGUUCGGCCAGUCAAUACGGUCAUUGCGUGAGGGGGUGAAGCCUUCGAGGACAUUGAUGUGGCCUUAAUGACCAUCAUGUGCUAUCCAAAACCCCCUGACCAGGCCCCCCUCCCCCCCGCCUCACCGGCACCCUUUCUGGGCUUAGUUCAAUUUAGAGGAGCCGCACAUUUUUGACAUUAGUGCCGAGUGUCUAGGGAGACAGCAAAGACCAUGCCGGUUGGAGCACACACAACCCUUUUAAAGUAACGUUCUUGCUUGUUAGAGAUGUAGAGUGAGCUUUCAGUUUGUAAUCCUUAAGACUAAACUGUGAUAAGUAGGGAGCAAGCAACUUAUCCUGUGUUUUUCUCGCAGCCAUCCCCUUAUUUUACUCAGAUUCAGUCUGUGGUUAGGGUGGAUAUAGGCUCAGCCUUCGUGGUUUGCUUUAGGAGCAAUUAGAAGGGAUACUCUUCAGAUGUAAUCUAUUUUGAUGCAAAUUCUGUUCUGGAGAAGCAUCUUCUACUGUCACUGUUUUUGUACUAAAUCUUCAAAUAUUGUCUACUGGGUAAGGCAGAACGAUUUCCUGCUAAAAGCCGUUUUCUUUCCAGGGGAACGAGAAUCUGAGCGCAUGCACACCUUGUUUCCCCUUGUAACAUUCAUGAUCUCAUACCAACUCGGAGUAAAGACUCUUCACAACAAGCUAUGUAGGGACAGACCAGAUGUUGCCGUGGUUUUAGCUAUAAACAAACCGUUAACUCUGUACGAUAUUUAAAAUAGGCCUAUUUUAAUGUGCUGCCUAUUAUACAAAUACACAGAACACUUUUUGGAGGCCUCAGUUACAAGUGGCAGAGCUUUCAGUGUAUAAUUUGUCUAAAUAAUUUGUCUAAUAAAAUUGUUUUCUAAACUU